AUGACAGAGGCUCUUCACAGGACGCCACAGCCGCAACAUUUAUAUGACCAACCUAAAGAUUAUAUUUCUAGAGGUGGUUAUCAGGAUAUAAUGAAAGGUCAGUUUGAUGCUGCAAAGACUCUUUUGGAUCAAAAACUCUCACAUUCUAGCGAUAACUCAAACCAAAAUAAAGACGAAGCUGGUCUUCUGGAUCCAUGGAAGACAAAUUCCACGGAUCAAGAAGACUAUACAAAAUCCAUUAAAUUCAACAAACCUUCACAAAAAGAUGAAACUGUUGAUAACGUGAAAAGUUCUAAUAACGGACUUGAUAAUUUACUCAAGAGUAGUUUACAAGCUUCUGACCUGUUUCUCGAUCCAUUUGGUGAAGAGAAUGAAAAACUUAUCCUGUCAAAUACCUCUUUGUCAGAAGAGGAAAAAAAAGCAAAGAUCAACAGUAUCUUUUCACGAGCUGCUAGCAAUGGAAAUGCUGAAAAAGUAUCCCGAAUGUUGGACACCGUAGGAGAAUAUAUUGACAUUGACGCCCAAGAUGAAGAAGGAACUACUCCAUUGGUUUACGCUGCGUGUUUUGGGCAUGAUGCUGUUGCAUUCACAUUAUUGGAGGCUGGUGCAAAAGUGGAUGCUCAAGAUAGAUUCGGAUGGACACCGUUAAUGUGGGCUACCAACAACAAUCAUGAUAAAACCAUUCGAUUGUUUUUGGAUAACGGUGCAGAUGCUGGUGCUAAAUCGUCAAAAGGUAGAACUGUAUUCGAUUUUAUUCCACCUGAAAACCACAAACUUGCCGAAAUCUUUAUAGCUAAUCCUCAACGUGAUAGCUGGUCAAGUGUUAGUAGUAUUAGUCGAUGGUCUAUGCUUAGUGAAUCUGAACACAAAUUAGUAGAACAAUUAGCUGAAGCUGAAAUGAGAAAGAGAAUUUUAAUGGAAAAUGAAGACGAUAAUGAUCAAUUUGAAUUUAUGUGGAACGAUUGUUUACCAGACCAAAUGAUUGUCUUUGGAGUUGAAGAUAUACCACAUAUUAUUAAAACAGUUAUCACUGGAAUGCAACCGAUCAGAAAUAAAUCUCAAAAACCCGUACCUGCGAAUGUAUUAUUCUUGAGUGCUCGAUUUGCUCAUUAUUAUAGUAGUCCUGAAUUAUUGGAAUCAUUAUUAUUCGAAGUUAUUAAUUCCAUAGAUACUGUUGUCAAGACACGACCUGAUGAUAUGACUCUUUUAUCAUUCUGGAUUUCAAAUUGUACAUUAUUACUGUACUAUCUAAAAAAAGAUCCAGGUCUUGCUAGCGCUACAGUUGAAUAUCAAUUAAGAAUCUCUGAACAACUUCAUGAAACAUAUGUAUUUUUGAUAAGAGAUGCCGAAAGACGAAUUGAAAAAGUGUUAGAGUCUUCAAUGUUGGAAUAUGAUGCCAUCCCUGGAAUGGAUGAUGUUCGGUUUGAAGGUGAAUGGAGGGUUUUCAGAAAUUUCACUCGGAGACCAAAAAGUCCUCAAGAAAAUGGUUAUACGACCCCGAAAAGAGCUUCAUCUAUCAAUUUAAAAAGAAAUUCCGCUUCAAAUAUGAUACCUUCAUUUCGUGCUCCCGCGUCUCCACGGCAACGAAGCGCUCCAUCUCCACGCAAUAUUACCUCACUUUUAUCCUCUACACUUUUUAUACUUCAAACAUAUGAAGUUCAUCCGAUGAUCAUUGACCAAGUUCUCAAUCAAUUAUUUUAUUAUAUUUCAUGUGAACUCUUUAACAAAAUCCUUUCUCGCAAGAAAUAUUUGUGUCGGUCAAAGGCAAUGCAAAUUCGUCUUAAUGUUUCUGUUAUUGAAGAUUGGGUCCGCACCAACAAUUUAUCGUUAUCUCUUAUAUCACAUUUCCAACCUUUGAUUCAACUUUUACAACUGUUGAUGUGCUGGUCCCAGAUGACUGAUUUUGCAUUUUUAGUUCAAACUACCAAAGAACUUAACCUUAUUAACCCUGCACAACUUAAGCGAGUCAGUAAAAACUAUAAAUAUGAGGUUAAUGAGCCAAAGAUAACUGAAGAGUGUCAACAGUAUAUUUUACAAUUGGAAGAGGAUACUGAACGACGGAAAAAGCGGUAUUCAACUGAAAGUAUACGGAGCGAUCGAAGUGAUGCUUCAAGUAUCAUUUAUUUAACAGUAUCGCCGACAUUACCACCUUGCGGUGAACCUAAUUGGGAAGAUGAUGACGACUUAAUGGAAAUGAAACCUAGUGAUUCAUUAUUACCAUUUGCUAUACCGACUAGUACUGAGAUGUUGGCAAACUUCGGUACCAAGAAUAAAGAAUCUGACCCUAUUAUACCUAUUGUGCCUGAUGAAUGGAUGGAAAAAUUGGACGUUGGAAUGCGACAUG